AUGCGUUCUACCAUCCUUGCUCUCUCUGCCCUGGUCGCCUCGGCCGUGGGCCAGAACUCCACUGCCUACAACAUGCCGGCUGACUUCAACAUCGGCCUGGUCAAGACCGAUGAUCUGAACUCCUGGUGCUUGGGCCAGCGGAACACAUGCCCUGAAAUCUGCAACGGUGACACCAAGCAGAACUCCUGCGACCCUGCCACUCUGAAGUAUCAGUGCAUGUGCGGUGACGGCUCUGUUCCUGACGUAUCAUCCUACGUCGAGACCGUCCCCUUCUACGUCUGCCAGGCCACGUACGGCCAGUGCAUCGACUCGCAUCCCAACGACGCCACGGGCCAGCGCACCUGCAAGAAGAGUGCCAAGUGUGGUUCCAAGAACGCCAGUGCGACCGACACCACCGCUUCGUCCUCGGUUCAUGCCUCGAGCACUCUGACCAUGGCCACCUCCACUGGCUCCAGCAGCAGCAACAGCGCCAAGAGCGGAUCCGUCUCUUCUGUGGCUGCUGCCAGCACCACCAGCAACGCUGCUGUGAUGGACGGUCUGCAGGUCUACUCGACCGGCCUGCUCGCGGGUGCCAUGUUCUUUGCCAUGCGUCUGGUUCUGUAA